AUGGGCGGCCUAUCCCUAGGGGCCCUCGACGGCAAGGCCGUCAACGGCACCCGCACAGUUGCCUACACAGGACUGUUUGCUGUGCUCACCGCCAACGCUCUGACCGCCCCGUUCAUGGGCACGAGUGUCAUGAAGGGCACCCAGAGGUUGCUGGGUACCGUCGUGUCCGCCGUGAUAUUCGUGUGGGUCGCCCUGCAGCACAAGCCGUGGCUGGUGCUGGUGACCGUGCCGGCGUACGCGUUUGCGGUGUGCGCGCUGCGGUACAGCGUGUACCUCGUGGACGGGGAGUACGCCGGGAUGCUGGCCCUCAUAGUCGCCUUCUCACUCGCGCUGCUCCAAGAAAAAGAGGACGGUUUCAUCAUCGCCUCCGCCUCAUGGCGCUGCGCGGGGCUGUGCUUCGGCAUCGUGUGCAUGACGCUGUUCCUUCUGCUCAUGCAGGCCAACAGCACCAAGGAGGUCAACUAUCAGAUCGCCGACGCCCUGGAGGGCCUCCUCGGCCUCACACGCGCACUGUCCAAGGCAAACGCAGAUCUGGCCGCGCCCGACGCCGCCGCCACUGGCGGCAGCGACAAUGCGCCGGCCGCCCAGUCACCGCCCGUGCGCGGCGGCGGCGGCGGGGGCGGCUGCGGCGCGUCGAGCCCGGACGCAUUCUCAAGCGGCGGCGGCGAGCUGAGCGCGCAAUCGUUCGACGACGCCGCCGGGCUGGAAGAGGAGGAGCUGCGGCGGGACGCCGCCGAGAACGCGGCGGCGGCGCUCCAGGCGCAGGUGGCCACCCUGUCGUCAUCCGUCGCGGGCAGCCUGAGGGUCGUGCACUCUCAGCUGGUCAACACGGGCUACGAGCUGUACAUCGGGCGCGUCCGCGGAUGGCGCGUCUUCCUCCCGCUCCCGCGGCGCGGCAUGGGCGUGCCACCGGGGCCGGCGGUGCAGGCCACCGCGCGAAUUGCGGAGCUGCUGCAGCUGCUAUCAUCGCUGACGGGGGACCUCGAGGCCAUCCGCGGCGGCGGCGCCGGCGGCGGGACGUGCCGCGCGGCGCUGCUGGAGGCGUAUGGGGGGGUGGACGUGGUGGACAGAGCGCUGCGCGCGGCCGAGGCGGCGUUGGAGGUGCACGCGCGCGAGAUGGCGUCCUGCUGCCGCCGCGGCCACCUGCCCCGCGCGCCGCUCCCCGCCACAGCCCUCGCCGCCUGCAUCAACGCGUGCAAGUGGGCGUUCAAGAAGACGCUGCAGGCCGACUACGGCCUGGCGGCUGCCUCCACCGCGCUGGGCGCGCUGUCUGGGGCGUCUCUCGCGUCCCUCACGCGCGUGCUGCAGCAGGAGCUGAGCCUGCAGCGGCUCGACGGCGCCGGCGGCGCUGGCCUGCAGUUCUCCGGCUCACUGGGCGCGCCGGCGGCGGCCGCGCCCGCCGCGGCCGCGCCCUUGCCGGGCGGCGGCCAAGGCGCCGGCAGCGGCGGCGGCAGUGCGGCGCAGCAGUCGUCAAUGUUCCUUCAGCUCCCGAAAUUCAGAGAGCCGAUCGAGGCUUUCAACCCGGCGGGGUCGGGGCGCUCCGACGACUUCAUUGAUCUGGACGGGUCGGAUUGUGGGCGAGGAGGAGCGGUGGCGGCAGAAGCUUGA